AGCUGUGCAGGUCUGCCCAAGGGUUAACUCAUUCCUGGGCAGCUGCAGCGCGUGCGGUGCGAAAUCUCACCAGAAGAGGGUACAGUAGCAAAGCGUUUGACGUCAGGCUGGAAUUCCUAUUGUGUUUCGGACCCGCUCCGGCAAAGCCAGUCCAAGUUAGCUCUCGGUACAGCCCAGAUCGCGCAGCUCUGGGGCUGACCCGUCACUGCCACCGCUCAUCCAGGAAAGGGAGGACGCUGCCUGCGAGAAAAACCUCGUCCUGUCCCGGACCCACCUGAAGGAGCCCGUGGGUGAGUGUCCCCAACACCUAAGCCGAAGCCACUGACCGCAGAGUCCCCCGCCAGCACUCCUGGAUGCCCGCGUGCAGCCCCGCCACUGGGUGCAUGGCUCCCUUACAGUGCGCCCCAGCCUGCCACCGCCCGCUCUGAGUGCCUUUCCCGGCAGGUGGUUGUUGUCCCCGAGGGCCUCGCAUUGGCAGCGGCUGCGCAGGGAGCAUGGAACCGGGGCUUGCAAGCGAACCCACCGGGAGCAUGGACGCAUCUGCGGAGCAAAGCCUCCCAGAGCCAGGCAGCCAGGACUCUGUGGCAGGCGAUGACAUUGAGAUCGUGGUAAAUGUGGGGGGCGUGCGGCAGGUGCUCUAUGGAGACCUGCUCAGCCAGUAUCCCGAGACGCGGCUGGCAGAGCUCAUCAACUGCUUGGCGGGGGGCUACGACACCAUCUUCUCUCUGUGCGAUGAUUACGACCCAGGCAAGCGCGAAUUCUACUUUGACCGGGACCCGGACGCGUUCAAGUGUGUCAUUGAAGUAUACUAUUUCGGUGAGGUCCACAUGAAGAAAGGCAUCUGCCCCAUCUGCUUCAAGAACGAGAUGGACUUCUGGAAGGUGGACCUCAAAUUCCUGGAUGACUGUUGCAAGAGCCAUCUGAGUGAGAAGCGCGAGGAGUUGGAGGAAAUCGCGCGCAGGGUGCAGCUCAUCUUGGACGACCUGGGUGUAGACGCUGCCGAGGGCCGCUGGCGCCGCUGCCAGAAGUGUGUCUGGAAGUUCCUGGAGAAGCCGGAGUCUUCGUGCCCAGCGCGGGUGGUGGCAGUUCUAUCCUUUUUGCUCAUCCUUGUCUCCUCCGUGGUCAUGUGCAUGGGCACCAUACCUGAGCUGCAAGUGGUGGACUCUGAAGGCAACCGCGUAGAGCACCCGACGCUGGAGAACGUGGAGACUGCUUGCAUCGGCUGGUUCACUCUGGAGUACCUGCUGCGCCUCUUCUCAUCGCCCAACAAGCUACACUUUGCCCUGUCCUUCAUGAACAUUGUGGAUGUGCUGGCCAUUCUCCCCUUCUAUGUGAGCCUCACACUCACGCAUCUGGGUGCAAGAAUGAUGGAACUGACCAACGUGCAGCAGGCUGUGCAGGCCCUAAGGAUCAUGCGCAUCGCACGCAUCUUCAAGCUAGCCCGCCACUCCUCGGGCCUGCAGACCCUCACCUACGCUCUCAAGCGCAGUUUCAAGGAACUGGGGCUAUUGCUUAUGUACCUGGCCGUGGGCAUCUUCGUCUUCUCCGCACUAGGCUACACCAUGGAGCAGAGCCACCCUGAAACUCUGUUCAAGAGCAUCCCCCAGUCCUUCUGGUGGGCUAUCAUCACCAUGACCACAGUGGGCUAUGGCGACAUCUACCCCAAGACCACCCUGGGCAAGCUCAACGCGGCCAUCAGCUUCUUGUGUGGGGUAAUUGCCAUUGCCUUGCCCAUUCACCCCAUCAUUAACAACUUUGUCAGGUACUACAACAAACAACGUGUCCUGGAGACGGCAGCCAAGCAUGAGCUGGAGCUGAUGGAGCUCAACUCCAGCAGCGCGGAAAGCAAGCCCGGGGGCUCUCGCAGCGACCUGGACACCCUGCCCCCAGAGCCUGCUGCCAGGGAGGGGCCAAGUUGGGGUAGCCGGCUGAAGCUCUCACACAGCGAUACCUUCAUUCCCCUGCUGACAGAGGAGAAGCAUCAUAGGACCCGGCUACAGAGCUGCAAGUGAUGGCUGGGCUCCCUGGCAGGGACAAGACUGGGCUGUGGAUGGACAAACCAUUGGGUAGACAUGUUAGUAGGCAUGUCUAUGGUUUCAGAGGAGUCGCUUGUGUCUUCCAGCCCUCCCCUGAGCAGACCUUUGCCAAGACUGGGUAAGACUCCUUGGGUGCCAGCUGUCCAGGUGCAGGGGGUCUGGGGAGUGCAGGAGUCACAGGGCCACUUGGGGCUAUCAGAAUGGCCUGGCAUGAGCCCUUAUCUGCUUCUGUGUCCCCUUCAAUAAAACCUCCUAUCCAGCAUACCCUCCAUGCUGUGGGUUGUCUCAGGCUGGUUGCCCCAAGAGUGACUACUGCACACCCUAGUGCCAGGCCAGGAAGGAGGUGUGCAGCUCCAGAGGGAGUGGGAGUAGCUAUUUUUAGUUGAGAGCUAAUUAAAGAAGGGCUGCAAGGCAGGGUUCAGCUCCAAGGCGCCUUGCCACAUUCCAGGAGACACUCUCCUGCUUCCUUCUGUGGGAAAGCUGGCUCACUGAGGCUCGGGAAGGAAGGAAAGGUGACAGAGCCCACUGGUGGGGCACCUAACUCAUAGUUGCCACCUGUGGAGUAGGCCUUUUCACACCCCCCUUUUUCCUUUCCAGCUACCCUGGUAGACAGGCAUCCCCAUUUUACAGGUAAAAAAAACUGAGGCUCAGGAUCAAACAGAGGAGAAAUUCAGCCCUAGUUCUGAUUAUCCCCAUGUGGUCUCUCCAACAACAGGCUGUAUUAGGGCAGAGACAUUUGGGGAGUCUUAUAAGGGAGGGUCUAAAUUCCUCAGUGAUCUGUGUAUCAGGGAAACCUCAGAGACUCACAGUUCUUAGUUCAGCUCUUGGCAUUAGGGUGGCUCAGUCAUUUAUUGAAGGGGAAACAGUCACAGCUGUUUCUCUCGUUCUAGACUAGGAAGGGGCAAGUUGCACACCUGCCCACUAGGGUCUCUGCUGGGCUGGGCUGGCUGGGCACAAGAGCAGUUAAAGGACAGGCACGACACUAUAGUGCUGUUCUUGGCCAAAGGCUAAACUGAGCCUGAGAGCCUAACCCUUUGGGGUUUCCACCUUAGAGCCUUGUUCUUCACCCCAACACCCUACCCCAGCUGUGGGGGCACCAAGGAAGGAACACUGUGGUGGGGUAGGAGGUAGAAGGUAUAAAGGGAGGGAUAGAGGUAUUGUCCAUCUGCCUCCACUCUGGGUGGCUCCUUUCCCUUCCCUGAGCACAGAUUUCCCCAGAAGUAUGAGGAGAGCUGGUUUUUCAGGGCACCUUCUAAGUCUGCCUUUCCAGAAUUUCCAAGGUUUGGGCUUCUGAUUCGUAUGGCAGUGUCUUCAGGAGGUGGGAGGUUGUCGUUUGGAGGGGGAAGUCUUGAAAGUCGAGGUUCUAUCUUCAGGGUGCAGGCUCACUUUGUGGCUUCAGUGUUAAGUUACUCGGGAUUAGACCUGAGGUAGAUGGCCCAUGAGGCAACGACGUUAGUGGUCAUCCGAGGGGACACAAGGACUGCCCCAUGUCCCUCCAGCCCUCUCACUUAGGACUCUGAAGGUCUUUUAGCACUUGUGGUCAAGCUGGCUAAGGCACUGGCUGCUCCAAACUGGUGUAGCCUCCUCUUCACAUUUCUCAGGCUGACACCAGGUCCUGAGAAUAUCAAAAGCAGAGAAAGAAGUUGGGGUCUGAGGAAGUGUAGACUCUAGAUAGGGUAGGGCAGGGUUCUUGGAGCUCAGUAGAUUUGCUGAAAGGUUGGUUUGCCUUUGUCCCCUUUAUCCAGAAUCCUUGGGAAGCUAGGAUGUGGGUACCAUCCUAAGAACUCAGAGUCCUCAGGAAGAGGGAGAAGCUCAGAGUUUAAAGAGAGCUGGGUAAUCUUGGGACGAAGGCCAUCUUUCUGUGUUCCCUGUCUUCUGGGUCAGUGGUACGUGAGAUGGAGAUGGGGGAUUACAAGGAAGAAUACUCAGAGCUCCAAAGCAUCUUUUGCUGGUUCAGGGGUGAAAGACCAAGCCCAGAGAAGUGAGCCAUCUGUGAGAUCUCCACAGUCUAGGAUCCAGUGGGACACUGGUCCCAGGGGUACUCAGUGACUGACAGUGAUCCUUACACAGUGAUGUGCUUUGUCAUAGAGGAGUGGUCUGGAUGUUCUGAGAGCCAGGACAUUCCCUAGGAGAUCUCUGGGUUUCAAGAACCUUAGAACCAACUGGGGUUGGGUGGGAGUUUUGAAAGCUUGGUGUCCAGGCUACAUCCCAUUGUGAAUUAGAAUGUCUAAUAUGACCCUUCAGUGUCAGUAUUUUUAUAACUUAAAGUACACAUGAGUCAUGGUGAUUGGGUUAAAUCCAGGUUUCGCAUCUGUAGAGCUGAAAAAAAGAUAUUCUUUCUCAACAAGCUUCCAGGUGCCACUGGAGCCUGGGGCUGCUAGUCCACAGAAUGGCUUUGAACAAUCAGAAUAAACCUGUAAAGUGUAGCCUGGAGCCAGACCUGGUGGACCACCUGUUUUUGCACAACCCGUGACUUCAGAAUAGGUUUUAUAUUUUUAAAUGAUUGAAGAAGAAGAAGAAGAGAAAAGCUCAAAGGAAUAACAUUUUGUGAUUCGUGAAUAGUACUUUACAUUCAAAAUUUGUUGUCCAUAAAUAAAGUGUUAUUGGAACUAA